AUGGCAUCCACUACUCUUAACCACGAACUGAUCGCCUACCUCAAAGCCCACAGCAAAAUACCCAUCCCAUUGAGUCCUGAGUACUCAAAAAUGAUAUCCGGAAUGGACUUCUCUAUCUCCCAUGAUCCGGCAAUGCAAAAAUACCGCCUCGCCGUUCGCGCCAAACUCCAGGAUUUCAACACCCAAGUCAUCACUGAAGAAAGCACACUCACUGGACUCAAAGAACGGAACAUGGAAAUCGCAUCAAGUAUCCUGGGAGCAGUCGGCGAGAAGUGUAAUAUUGAACCCCCAUUCUACUGUUCAUGGGGCUGUAAUAUUAUUCUCGGCGACGGUGUUUAUAUGAAUCGAAAUGUAUCUAUUUUCGAUAAUGCGUCGGUUACGAUCGGAGAACGCACGUUAAUCGGCCCCAACGUUACGAUUUGUACGGACACGCAUGAGACUGAUACACGGAAACGGGUUGAGGGAAGCUCGUUUGCGAAACCAGUGAGAAUCGGCAAAGAAUGUUGGAUUGGGAUGGGUGCGUGUAUUCUGGCGGGAGUGACGAUUGGGGAUGGGGUUGUGGUUGCAGCAGGAGGGGUGGUGGUUAAGGAUAUUGGGAGUUUUGUUCUUGUCGCGAAGGUACCGGCGGAGGUUGUGAGGACUUUGGAUGGUAGGGAUAGGAGUUAG